CACGAAGCACUCGAAAUGUCGUCGACCGAUGAAGCGGAGGCGAAUUCUUCGGUGGCCUCUAACAAUGGGGUGGAAGCGAAUGAUUGUUCAGGGCCUUCGAAGAAAGCAGACGAGAUCAGUCGGAUGCUGAGUAAUGGGAUCCUGAAUGUUGCUGCUAGAGUUCGAUGUUGUUUCGGAUUCGGGAUUUGGCCUUUUGGGGCAAUCGGCGGUGCUUUGUUGGUGUCGUUUGUGUAUGCUAAGAUGAGGAAAUGGCGUGCGAGAGUCAAGGAAGAAAGCAAGGAUCGGUUGAUUGUUUUGGUUCAAGAGAAAGAACAGAAGAUCAACCAGCUGCUGUUUCAAAUUGCUCAUAUGAAAGAACUGAUAUCUGCACGACGCAGUGUUCCUGUGCUUCGAGUCAGCUGAUUCACCUUAAUUUCUCCGGCUUCAUU